AUGUCUGCGCAGGGACUGCCAGCGCACAUUUUGGCACUCUUUACUCCGAGGCCCCCGCCGCAACAUCUACCCCCAUGCGUCGUGAAAGCCUUGAUCAAGACCUCGGGCUGUGCAGAGUAUGUUGAGUUCUUCUCAACGGAUCCGCCACCACCAAGGGAACCAUGGGAGUCUCCGUUGGAGCGCAAAGCCAGAAGGCAUCGAGAGAAGGUUCAGGCACACAAAGCUGCACAGAAGAAGAUCAUCGACACCUAUGAUCCUCACAAGGACGCCAAUGCAAGCGGCGAUCCCUUUAAGACUCUCUUUGUUGGCCGCAUAAGCUACGACACGACAGAGAAGAAGUUGAAGCGAGAGUUCGAAGUCUUCGGGAGCAUCAAGAAGGUUCGCAUGGUCUACGAUCAGAAGGGCAAGCCGAGAGGAUAUGCAUUCAUUGAGUUCGAACAUGAGCGCGAUCUGAAGAAUGCCUACAAGCAGGGCGAUGGCAAGAAGAUCGACGGUCGACGUGUCAUGGUGGACGUGGAGCGUGGCCGCACGGUUGAGGGCUGGCUUCCUCGCAGGCUUGGUGGAGGACGAGGACCUGGUCGCCAAGGCAAGCCUUCCAAGAAGAAGCAGAGGAGGCUCGCGGAGACCACUGAAAAGCUGAAGGAAAAGGAGAAGGAGGAGAAGGCAGACAAGAAGAAGGACAAGGAAAAAGACAAGGACAAGGACGAUGAUGACAAGAAAGACAAGAAAGGAAGAGACAAGGAAAAGGAGAAGGAGAAGGAAAAGGAGCGUGAGCGAGAGAAGGACAAGGACAAGGACAAGAAGAAGGACAAGGAGAAGGAGCGCAAACGCGAACGCUCUCGCAGCCGCGACCGCGUUGAUCCUGGAGGCUUGCAGCAGCCACCGUCCGAAAACUCGUGCAAGGAUGCGCUGAGUGGGGCUGCAGCCUCCUCCGAGAAGGCCAGAGUGCCAAUUCAGUUUCUGCUUGUGGGCAAGUUGUCGGAGUCAACUGCCUACAAUGGUCUACACGACUCUUUGUACCUCGCUACAGCAACAUGGUUAAGCGUACGCGAUGAUGGAGCUGGCGUCAUGUCCGGCGUCUACGACAUUCUCUCCAUCCGAAAUCCUGCUAUCAAGGAGCUCUUCAGACUCCGUGUUGGGCGAAGGCGUGCUCGCAUGCCCAAAGGGCAAUGCGUAGUGCGAGGUCGUCAGAUUGUGCAGGCCAUUUCGGAGCACUUCAAGUUUGACAAGGUCUUCACGCAUGAGUCGCGAGAUGCAGCCAGCUUGUACAAUGCAGAUAAAGUUCUUCGCGCUCCAAAAGCCGUUCUGCAGCAUGUGCUCUUCGGUCCGAAGGCACCUUCGCAGACCUUGGACGAUGGGGACCUCGUUAUAGGUCAAAUUAAGCAGCCCGAGGCAACAGAAGAGUUCGAACCUUCACCGAGAUGCUUGCUUGCAGUUGACAAGAUCAAGCAUCCGGAGAACAUGGGUCUCUUGCUGAGCACUGCCGUUGCAUUGAAGUUCGAUGGCGUGGUGUUCAGCACCGAAUGCGUGGAUCCCUUCUGCUACAAGGUGCUUGAAGCUUCCCAGGCAGUUGCGUGGACGCUGCCCUACCGGAGUUUUGCUACACCACAGCAGCUGGUCGAGCUCUGCGACAGGCACCAGCUCCUGCUAUGUGCCGCGCAUAAAGAUGGCAAGGCGCUGUCGGAAGUGUCGCAGCUGUCCGGCAGCCGACGUGGUUUUUGCCUGGUUGUAGGCAAUGAGGCCGACGGCAUUCAGAAAGAGCUUCUCAGUCGCUGCACGCAGGUAGCGUUACCCAUGUCAGAACUGGUCGAGUCUCUCAAUGCGGGAGUCGCAGGUGGAAUCUUGUUGCAUGCGCUCAGUUGCACCUGGGCGCAGCAGAGCAAGUAG